AAGUAGCAUUGAGAACCAAUUGUAAUGUGUUUGUCUGAUAAAUACGUUUAUUAUUUGCAAAACGUAAGGCAUUUGUAACACUUGUUUAGUUUGUUUGUGGACUGGAGUUAUGGCAGGAAAUUAGAUCCAUAAAGUUCCACCUGAAAAAACACAACACAUGUAAAUUCAUGGAGAAAAAGAUGAAACACUAAACCUCUAAUAUUUUAUCCUCAUACAUUUUGCACAUUCCUUCACAAUGCCACCUUUUUGUUAUGCACUCUUUUGUACAAAUAUUUUUAAUUUAUUGUUUGCAUUUUUUGUAUAUUUAUUAUUUUCUUGAAGAACAUGGGAAAAGAUCAGUUUAACCAGCUUCAUAGAUAGUUUAUUUGUAAUAAUGUAAUGUUAAUUUGGAGGUAAGCUGCAGUUCUCACGUCAACCUGCGGUGGCGCUGCUGCGCUGGAGAGCAGACCGGAAGUGGGUGCAACCUGGAAGUCUUCUCCUUUUUGUUGUCAUUGAUUUGAAACAUGGCGUCAGAAGGAGAGGCGGUCAUCGCUGCUAAAACAGAAGCGGAGACCGGAGACGGGGAGGCUGCAUUUGGGGAAGUUCCCACCAGCAUGGAUACUGAAUCAUCCAACGGCAAAGAGGAAGCGGCGGGGGAGGGGUCUGAAGCGGCCGACGCUCUGACGGGGUCCGGAGACGAGGAGAGUGGUCGGCAGCUGGGAGAGGUGGAGCUGCAGUGUGCGCUCUGCAUGAAGUGGUUCACUGCAGACACCUUCAGCAUCGACACCGCCACCUGCCUUCCCUUCAUGACUAACUACGUGUUUCACUGCAACGUGUGCCAUCACAGCGGCAACACCUACUUCCUCCGGAAACAAGCAAACCUGAAGGAGAUGUGUCUCACGGCGCUGGCCAACCUCACCUGGAGGUCCAGAACGCACGACGAGCAUCCGAAGACCAUGUUCCCCAAAGAGAAGGAUAUCAUCCCGUUCAUUGAUAAGUACUGGGAGUGCAUGACGACCCGUCAGAGACCCGGGAAACUCACCUGGCCGAACAACAUCGUGAAGACAAUGAGUAAAGAGCGAGAUGUCUUCCUGGUGAAGGAGCACCCGGACCCCGGCAGCAAAGACCCCGAGGAGGAAUACCCCAAAUUCGGCCUUUUGGACCAGGACCUGGGGACCAUCGGACCCUCGUAUGACUCACAGAAACAAGCCAGUGCUGCUCCAAGUGCUGCAGGGGUGAAUGGUGGAUCUUCUUUCUCAG